GACUCUCACCACCAGCAGCCGCCAGCACCACCGCUCCUCCUCCACCUCGAUCCAAAUCACACAUCAGCUCAAAGGAAGGAAGCCGUCAGCCAUGUCCGGCCGCGGCAAGGGAGGGAAGGGCCUCGGCAAGGGCGGCGCCAAGCGCCACCGGAAGGUGCUGCGCGACAACAUCCAGGGCAUCACCAAGCCGGCGAUCCGCCGUCUGGCGCGGCGGGGCGGCGUGAAGCGCAUCUCGGGGCUCAUCUACGAGGAGACCCGCGGCGUGCUCAAGAUCUUCCUGGAGAACGUCAUCCGCGACGCCGUCACCUACACCGAGCACGCCCGCCGCAAGACCGUCACCGCCAUGGACGUCGUAUACGCGCUCAAGCGACAGGGCCGCACCCUCUACGGGUUCGGCGGCUAGGCCGCGCCGGUCCGGGCAAGAAGGACCCGUCUCGCACCACCGGAUUUGUGCUAGUAGCUACGCGUUGUCUGAUGGUGGUGUUCAUGUCCUCGGUGUAAUGGCCGCAUCUCGCUGCUGUUUGCCCUGGAUUUGUUUGUUGUUUGGAUGUACUAGGAUGGAAUGGAAAUCGCAGCAUUUUACCCCUGAA